AAUUCCGAGGAAAAUGUUAGUGAGCCGGAAAUAGAAGUACCUGCCGUAGAAAUCGUGGAACAAUCUCAAUUGCAGUACCCGUCCAUAUUUUGUGGCAAAACUCUGUUAGAACUAUGUAAUUCUUCGUGGUCUCGUGCUCCUAAAGCUGACAAUGAUGUACAGCCGUAUCUGAGGGGCUGUAAGUGGUCUCCGGACGGAACUUGUUGCUUAACUGUUGUAAAUAAUGACGGUGUACAUGUUACCGAACUUCCGAGGGAUUUAUACGAGGGCGACAUCACGACGAAUCGAGCUAUUGAUAUUUUGGGCUCAGUGAUUCAUGUGAAAGAAGCUGGUUUGGUGUAUGAUUUCUGUUGGUACCCUGGAAUGAACAGUAAUUAUCCUGAAACUUGUUUCUGGCUAACCACCCGUCAAAAUGCACCAGUACAGAUGUGGGAUGCAUUUGACGGAUCAUUAAGGUGCUCAUAUAGAGGAUACAAUAAUGUGGACGAGAUGGAACCCGCACUGUCUUGCACAUUCUCUUCAGAUUGUACCAGGAUCAUAGCUGGAUAUAAGAAGUGCUUAAGAACAUUUGAUACUGAUAGACCGGGCCGAGAUUUUGCAGAACACAAGAUCUCUUCUUCAGCAUCAAGUUUAGCCACACAUAGUAAUCUACUAGCAGUAGGCUCAUGGAAUACUACCAUUAGCCUUUACAAUAUCAAUGAGUAUGGCACUUACAAGAGUAUAGGCAAAAUGCAUGGACAUGGAGGAGGAGUAACACAUAUGAAGUUCACCCCAAAUGGUCUACAACUUGUAUCAGGCGCACGAAAAGACGAUAGACUCCUAGUCUGGGACAUCAGAUAUUAUCGUCGGCCACUUAACAUAUUAAGUAGAGUGGUGAACACAAAUCAGAGGAUAUACUUUGAUAUAUCUCCUUGUGGGAAAUAUUUAGUAUCUGGUGGCACUGAUGGGAUUUUAAGAGUGUGGAACGUGGAUAAAGUAGACUGGAAGUCAGGAAUUGAUGUUUGCGACGAGGAUGUUGAUAGAUCCAUAUUGAAGUUUCCUCUACACAAAGACUGCUGCAACAGUGUUUCAAUCCAUCCAUAUAGGCCCAUUUUGGCAACUGGUUCUGGCCAGUACCACUUCAACAAUCCCCUUACACUUUUAUGUGAAGAAAUCUCAAUGGAGAAUUCGAAAUCUUUGGAAAAAACAAAUGACGAGCUUGAGUCCACAAGUGAAAUAUACAAUGAAAUGGAAAUUAGUGUAAUUGAAAACGUUAUGGACAAUACUACAGGCGAUGAAGAUGUCAAGUAUUCUAGUAUAAGUGAAAACAGUUUGGUAUUUUGGUGGACUGGCGACGUUAAGGAACUGAUUGAGAUUCCAUAAAAUAGUAAUACUUAAAGACUGACAUUCAUUUUGAACGAAGAAACUGUGGAGCUGGUGUCAACUUUGAACAUAUACAGUCCAGAGCACACAAAGCCUGACACUUUGAAUUUAGAUCGUCUUGUCGUAAGUAUUAGGUCCAACUUGUCUUGCGACAGACCCUUUACAUGUCAGUAGAAGACGUUAGUUGUGUAACUUAGAGACUGCAGCUCAUCAAGCUACACAUUGACGGAUCUUGUUUCGUUUGCACUGGAGGCGAUAUUCUAUCAAUAGUGUAUAGCUUUAUGUGCUAUUGCACAUUAACGUGGUGAGUCUUUGCCAUGUCUAUACUAAGUCAAUUUAUUGUUUCUGCUCCUCCAAUAUAGAGCUGGAUCUAUAUGUUAUUUACAAAAGGACAUAUUUAGUCGUGUACAAGCUGUAAGAUUGAAUUAGCAUCAAAAUAAAUAAGUGCGUAUUAAUAUCACUGUAUAAAGGACAUCAUAUAUGGGCAUGACCUGCAAUUUAAAUAAUAAACGUGAGUAAAAUUUACUGGGUUUUGAAACGUAACAUUAAAAUGUAGGAACAAAUGUUUACAACUAGAGUUAGGUGAGUACGCCUUGUUAGUUUCGACAAUGAAAAAGCCAAAAUUGCAAAACAAGUUAAUGUACUCUCAUGUAUAAUCUAUGUACCAGCUGUAAUCAAGCUUUUUUCCUUCAGGCCACAUACACAUGUUUGUUUUGUUAGUGAGGUUGCAACAUUUUUGAAUGAUGCCUUUUUUACGUUAGUGGCGACCUGGUUUUACAUUUUCCCCGUAUAAUUAAAAUACAAAACCGAAAUAUACCAAAACGACUCAGUAACCCGAUUUCUACAUUUAUUGCAUAUUUAAUUUUGGAAUACGAUGAUUCACAAAGGACGUGUGUGAACAACGUGGUCAGCCAGGUGGUAAGCAGGUACUCAUUUCCAAAAUUCGAUGUACUCGUUUGCCUCACUCUUGUCUUUAAAAAUAGCUUCCAUAUUCUUAAACUCGAUAAAUUCAUCGAAUAACCUUGCACAAUCAAGUCUCUAUGCAGCGAAUUGUGUUAGUUUCUUUUUCUGUGAGAUUGGGACUUUUUUCUGAAUUAAAUUAAAUUUUCUCGCUCAAGUUUUAAACUUAGAAACGCGUUAUUUUAAACAGGAUUUUCCUAAUAAUACUGCUUAUCUGCUUAUCAUAACUAACGUAAUCGACAUUUUUACCGAAAUUGAGUUAUUAACAUUUUCUGGAAUCAUCGAAACGAAAUCUACAGCCCGCCACAAGCGAUUUUUUUAUACCUUAUUUAGUUUCAGUUUUAUUGUCAGCAAAAUCUGUGUAAUUGACAUUUCAUUUCAAAGAAAAACAAGCUAGGUGCCAAUAUAGCGAAAGUGUAGAGUAUAUAACCAGAAAUAGAGACUGCUUGAAACUGUUCUGCCAAAUCAUUACGGUGACAACUGCGCUCUGAUUGGCCAGC